AUGCAAAUGCUAUGGACACGCGCUCAAAAGUCACCAGCAGCAGCCAAUCAACUAUUCGCGCGCUAUCCCGAUGUGCUGGCCUUUUUGGUAUGUCUUGUUUAUGCCGCCACAUUGGGGAUCGGCGUGAAGGCCACAGCCGUUUUUAACGGCUUGCUGACGCUGGUGAAUAUUGCUGUUAUGAUUUUGGUAAUUAGUCUGGGCUUUUGGUAUGCGGACGCAAGAAAUUGGUCUGAGGCAGAAGGCGGUUUCCUGCCUUACGGAUUCGGUGGUGUUAUUGCCGGUGCCGCCACUUGUUUCUACGCUUUUGUCGGCUUCGAUUCCAUUGCCACUUCGUCGGAGGAGGCAAAGAACCCUGCUAUUUCCAUACCGAUAGCUACGCUACUCUCGCUCAGCGCUGUUACAGUGGGCUACAUAUUGGUCUCGGCUGCGCUUACGCUAAUGAUACCGAUACGCGAUAUAAACCCAGCGGCUUCGUUGCCAGAGGCUUUCGGACAGAUGGAUCUUUUGUGGGCGAAAUAUGUGAUCUCGAUUGGCGCGCUCUGCGGCAUGACAACCACACUCUUGGGUUCAUUGUUUGCUCUACCGCGCUGCAUGUACGCCAUGGCAUCGGAUGGGCUGCUCUUCAGUUGCUUUGGCCGCAUCAACGCCACAACGCAGGUGCCAGUUCUCAAUCUUAUUAUUUCUGGCUUUCUAAGCGCCACACUCGCGCUGCUCUUCGAUUUGGAGAAGCUCGUCGAAUUCAUGUCGAUUGGCACGCUGCUCGCCUAUACCAUUGUCUCCGCCAGCGUUAUUAUACUACGCUAUCGACCGCUGGUUAGCCAAGAGAAUGCCAUCUACGCGCCCGACACACCCGACGAAGAUGAGGACGACAAUACUUCGCAAUUGAGCAUCGACACCGCUUCGCCCACCAGCGACUUGAUCGAGGGCGCCCUUGCCGGUCGACUGAAGCAGCAAUUUCGGUGGCUCGAACCGCUCUUGGGACGCUUUGAACCCGGCUCCGCCGUGUCGGCUGCGGUGCUACUCUUCUCAGUGCUCAGCUUUGCCAUUUGCUUUCAACUUGAAGUAUCCUGGACGGAGCUGUACACGGGUACAUGGUGGGCGCUACUGCUGUACGGCUUUAUGAUCUUCAUUGCGGGCGCCUGUGUCGCUGUCAUUGGGGUGCAUCACCAGAAUACGCGUGGUCUCAACUUCAAAGUGCCGCUCGUCCCAUUCGUGCCGGCGCUAAGCAUCUUCUGUAAUAUUGUGCUGAUGGUGCACUUGAGUGCGCUCACCUGGCUGCGUUUCUUUAUUUGGGUCGCACUAGGCAUGCUAAUCUAUUUCCUGUACGGCAUACAUCACAGCAAGGAGGGUGAGGUUUGCUCAUCCUAUUCGAUGUUAAUGACCUCAACGGAGGCAGGCAAGUCACACUGGGGCGCCACAGGCGGUGGAUUUACAACUAGUUUGGGCAGUGGUGGUGGGCGAGCGGAUCUGAUUAAGAAAACAGUAUUUCAGCGUUUUAUUGGCAGGAAAAUGGACGAUAAAAAGCCGAUUGUGGAGGAGGACGUGGAUGAAUUGGACGAAGAGGGACAGACUUAAGUUGAUCGGAAGAGAGCGUGCUUUCAUUUCGUGUACCUUUUCGAGGGGCCUUUAAACUCUGAACUGAUUUCAUUUUUUUGCUUUUACUAGCGACCACAAGAACUUGAGUUUUUGGUGUUUUUAUUUUUCGGCGAAAAAUAAUUUCAUGAACUUUCGGUGCGCUCAGUGCGGCUGCACUGGAUUUUUUUUUUUUUUUUGUUUUACAAAAUUUAUUACUGCAUCCACUGCCUUUGGAUCACAAAUUUACUAAAUUUCAAAAAUAUAUGUACAUACAUAAAUACAGCUUUCUUGGCUGUUUUCAUCAUUUUCGCCGCAUGAUUACUCACACCACUGGGAGCGCCCAAGUGCGAAUUGUGUUCUUGAGAGUGGCGCAUGAGUAAUCUUUCCAUGACGUAUCGGGCGCAACACAGGUUCGAGCUUGUUUAAUUUAUUGGCUUUGCUGGCGCUUAUAUUCAAUGCCCGCACGAAAGUCCAGAGUAGGAACCACAUACACACAUACAUACAUAUGAACAUACAAGUCUCGACAUUAUUUGUAUGAAGUUUUGCAUUUAUUUAUUUAUAUCAAUUGUCUUUGUGGUUUUCGCAGCGGUUUGGUGAUGUAAUAAUUUAAAAAGAAAAAAGUAAUUUAAAAGUAUAAUUCUAAAAUUCUAGUGACCAGCCAAUUAGAAUUUUAUGCAUUAUACGAGUGUUUACAAAAUGAUUAACCAGGCUAUGUACGAUUUUUGCUUUGGUAUUUUUAGUAUAACUUUUUGGUGUGGAUAUAAUCGUAAAAAUUGAAAGAUAAAAAUAAAACAAUCCAAACUAAUCCAAAAGUUGAAGCAAAUUCUAAACUAACCUUCGUUUAGCAACAAUAUUUUCGAUAUUUUGAAGUUUAGGUUUUCC